UUAUAUAAGCAAACCUUUGGAGUAAGAUAAAGGUGAAAUUUGAUAAGGCUUGAUAAGUCAACAAGCCUUAAAAACCGUGGAAGUACUUAUGAUUUCAGUUAGUCUUUAAUUUAGUGUCAAUCGAAUCGGUUCGCUGUUAUCGCGAUGUGGCAAAAGACAAUAUUUCUCCUAAUUUCACUGCAAGUCGCGUUGAUCUCAUCGCAGGAAAGGAUCAGCUGCAACUAUGUACAAGCAUCACCAAUGUAUCCUUAUACAUGUCACCUGACAAUCAAUAAUCCAAAUGGACUUGACGAUUUUACCGAAAUUGCUGGAUUCCAUAUUGCAAAUAGAGGAAAUGCUGAUGUAACAUUUUUGUCAGCAACUUUCCAGAACACUAGAAAUAUUCCAUCAAUUAUUUGCCGUCAAUUCCCAAAUCUUCGUGAGUUGUACAUGACAGCAAGUAAUAUUGAAAAUAUCGGUGAAAGUUCAUUCGCGGGAUGUGACAAUCUUAAUCAAGUUACAUUGGUCAUGAACCGAAUCAAUGCUAUUCCUGACAAUACAUUCAGAAGCAAUAUCCACUUAACAAUCCUCAAUAUGGCCCAAAACGGCAUCAGAGUCCUUGGACCAAAUGCAUUCGCAGGAACACGUCUUACUACAAUUGAUCUCUCAUUCAAUGAGAUUAAUAUGUUUAGUUCAGCAACAUUUGCAGCUGUUGGUCAAACAUUGACAUCACUUCUCUUGAUAGCAAACAGCAUCACAUCACUUCCAAAUGGAGCAUUCGCUGGAUUGAGAAAUCUUCAAAACCUUCACUUGUCUGGAAACAUUUUCACAAACAUUCCAAAUAAUAUCUUCCGAGAACUUGACAAUUUAAUGCUACUUCACGUUAUCAAUUGUGGAUUAAGUCAGCCAAAUGUCGAUUGGUUUACUGAUAUGAGAGCAUUGAAGGAAAUUCAUAUGGAAUCAAAUGGAAUUGCAAGUCUUCCAGACGGACUCUUUGCAAGAUCAAGAAGAUUGACAAAUGUUUAUUUAGCUGGAAAUAACCUUACACAAAUUACAGGAGCUCCAUUUGGAACAAGCUUGCCAGCACUUGAAAUUCUCAGCGUUUCUGAUAAUGCAAUUCAUGGAGUUGAUAGCCGAUUCUUUGAUGUAGCUGAAAACUUGAACAGCUUAUACCUUAGUGGAAAUACCUGCUCAAAUGAAAACUUCCAAAUGACAUUCGAUGGACGUGAUGGAGUUCGUACGAGACUUGAAAGAUGCUUUAGAGGAUUUGGACCUGAAGUUAUUGAAUGCCGUUAUGAAUUAUCAGGAGAUCUUUAUGCCUGUCACAUGAAUAUCCGUAAUCCAGUUGGUAAUGAAUUUAACAGCAUUGGUGGUACACAUGUUGGUGGACAAGGCAAUAACAAUGUACAAACAGUUGACAUCAUCGGAGGAAAUACCAGAAAUGUCCCACAAAUUAUUUGCCAGCAAUUCCCUCAAGUUUCAGCUAUGUUGAUUUUUGACGACUUUGUUGAUAUCAUUAAUCCUCAAGCAUUUAGCACAUGUCGCAAUUUAAGACAAUUACAUUUGGGUCUUAAUACGAUAAUGGAGGUUCCUGAUAACACAUUUAGCAACAGUCCAUUAUUAGAAGAACUUUAUCUUGGUUCAAAUUUCAUCGUUAGUAUUGCACCAAAUGCAUUUGCUGGAACCGUCCUUAACUUCUUGGAUCUUUCAUAUAAUCAAUUAGGAGCAUUAAAUGCUGCAUGGUUUGCACCUGUUUCAUCCACAUUGAGAGUUUUAGAUUUAAUUAACAGUCGUAUAUCUAGCAUCCCAAGUGAUACCUUUGUCGGUUUAACCGGACUUCAAGAUUUGUUCCUCAAUUCAAAUAGAUUGACUGGAUUGAACCCUGAUGCAUUCGUGCCAUUAGUAAAUCUCCGAGAUUUGAGCUUAUCAUACUGCGAUCUAAUGGAACUUAACCCACAAUGGUUCAGAACUCUCACUAAUCUCACAAUCCUAUCCAUUAAUAGAAAUGGAAUCACUGAACUUCCAGAAAAUAUCUUCAAUGCAUUAACGAGACUUGAUCAACUCUUCUUCUAUGAGAACCAAAUCGUCAAUAUCCGUGCUGAAUCUUUCGGAGCAUCACUUCCAAGCAUUGGACUCUUGUAUGGACCACAGAACUUAAUCAACUCAUUCGAUCCUGAAAUGUUGGACCGUGGAACUAGUUUGGAUAUUCUUAAUUUUGCCAAUAACUUGUGCGCAAACUUCAACCAACAAGGAGUUCGUGGUGAUUUGGACUUGGCUAGACAAAAUUUGGCAGAAUGUACUACAAACUAUGCAGCACCAUUAACAGCGUCAUGUGAAUAUGACAGAAUGAUUACAGGAAGAAUCUAUUGGUGCCGUAUGACAUUGUCGAAUCCAUUAGGACGUAAUGACAUCACCACUAUUGAGGGUGAUCAUCUUCCAGCAUCUAAUGAUGAUCAAGUAGCACUCGUUGAAAUUUCCGGACAAAAUACAAGAAUCAUUCCAUCAGUUAUGUGCCGUCAAUUCCGUAGCAUGCAAAUUUUAGAGAUUAUCGACAGUAACUUGCAUGAAAUCAACGAAGAUGGAUUCCAAGGAUGUGGAUUCCUUCGCGAAUUGACAAUCAUGAACAACAGAAUCAGAUCUAUUCCAGCACGAGCUUUUGUUGCUGCAACAAAUCUUCAAGUUCUUGUCUUAGCUAGCAAUGGAAUUGAAGACAUUUCACCUUAUGCAUUUGCACAAACAAAUAUUCAGGUUCUUGACUUGACACAUAAUAACAUUGGACGAUUUGAUCCAUUCACAUACACACCAAUUGCUGGAUCUUUGAGAAUUUUGAGAUUGACUGACAACAACAUCCGAGCAAUUCCAGAAAAUGCUUUCGACAGACUCUCAAACUUAGUUGAUCUUGAAUUGAAUGGAAAUCAAAUUCCAUCAAUUCCUCACAAUGCAUUCUUUGGUGCUGUUAAUCUUCAAAUCCUUCAAAUUGCCAACUGCCGUCUUGAGAGACUUGAACCAGCUACAUUCUCUAGAUUGACUUUCUUGCGUGAUCUUGAACUGGCAUUGAAUCAAAUUGACUUAUUGCCUGAUGACAUCUUUGACCUUCCAAAUCUUGAGACUCUUGGACUUGAUGGAAACAACUUGAGAACCCUUGAUGCUAAUGCUUUUGGACGUUCCAUUAAUUCACUUAUGAGCAUCGAUGCAUCCCUUAAUAGAAUCACAGCUUUCGAUCCAGAAAUGAUCAGAGUAAAUGCUUCAAUCAAUUCAAUUAAUUUGUCAUUCAAUCAAUGCACAGAUUUAAGUUUCACUGACAUCCCCUUGUUCCGUGAUGAAGUUUUAGAGCGAUUGUCUGGUUGCAUUGGUACCUUUGAAGAAACUCAACUUACAUGUAGCUAUGCAUUAGAAAGUGGAACCAUGUACAUCUGUGAAUUAGCUAUUAACAAUCCAAAUGAUCGAUUGAGAUUUACUGAUAUUGCUGGUGCUCAUAUGGAAGGAAGAAACGACAAUAGUGUAAGAUUCUUGACUGCUCUUGAACAAAACACAAGAUCAAUCCCAGCCCUUCUCUGUCAACGAUUCCGAAACAUUGAAUCAUUGGUAUUUGCUGACAGUCGAGUUGAAGCUAUUGCUGUAGAAGCAUUCCAAAAUUGCAACAACUUAUUCUCACUCAACUUAGCUGGAAAUAAUAUUAUGUUGAUUCCUGAUAAUUUGUUCAGAGGAAAUCCAAAUCUUAACAUUUUGAACUUGGCGAACAAUCGAAUUGAAAGAUUAUUCCCUGGACUCUUCCAAGGAACUAGAAUCGCUGCAUUGGACAUCGAACUUAACAACUUUAGAACAUUCGAUCCAGCAUGGCUUGCUCCAGUUGCAGGAAACCUCAUGUGGUUGUAUCUACAAAAUAAUCAAAUCACCAGAUUCCCAAGAAAUGCAUUCUCAUCAUUCACACGACUCAGUUUAUUGGAAAUGAGUGGUAAUAGAGACUUGUUCAUGCCAUCAGAUGCAUUUAAUGGACUUUCAUUCCUCUUCAUCCUUCAAAUGGCCAACUGCGGUAUCAAUAAUUUGAAUCAUCGCUGGUUCGAUGACUUGAGAGACUUGACAUUCCUCGAAAUUGAUUCAAAUGGAAUCACAGAGCUUCCAGUAGAAAUCUUCAAUUUGCCAUCACUUGAACAUCUUGGAUUUGCCUUUAACCGCGUUUCAAGAUUAGAUUUGAGAUCAUUUGGAGGACAUGCUGGUGAAUUUGUUCAUAUCGAUGCUGAAAAUAAUCAAAUUAAUGCAAUUGAUCGUCAAUUCUUUGUAAAUGCUCGUAACUUGGACACAUUCUUAUUGGCUGGAAAUGUUUGUAAUAACAAUAAUUUCAUUGAUGUCCGUCAAAAUAGAGACAAUGUUAUGCAAAUUUUGGAGCCAUGCUUCAACAACUUCAACGCUACAGCUUAAAUGAUAUGAUUGAGGAAAAUUUAGAUUAAGAAUUUUUGAGUUUUUAAAUAAAAGUGUUUAAUUUUUAAAAAUUG